AUGGCAUUGCAAGAUCACAAGAUCGAGAAGCUCGAUGAUACGAAAGCAAGUGUUGGCUCCAACCCACAACCAAGUGAGCCUAUAACUCCCAUCAUCUCUCCCGAAGGAGGUCUCGCAGGCUGGCUAUGCGUUAUCGGUUGCUCAAUGUGCAUGUUUUCCAUCUUUGGGUUUCUCAACGCCGCCGGUUCCAUACCACGCCGUAUUCUCCCUGGCCACCUCGCCGACAAUAUCGGAUACUUCAACACAAUGACCAUCGUCUGUAUACUGACAGGCUUAUCAAUCAUCACCCUCUGGAUUCCCUUCAAAUACCAUUCCUCUCACGUUGGCCUGAUUUUCUUCGCUGUAGUUUAUGGCUUUCUAUCUGGUGCCUUCAUCUCUCUAAUGAUGCCUUCUUGUGCAAAGUCUGGUACGAUUCAAACGUUGGGUCAAAGAUUCGGCACAUUUCAAUGUAUAAUUGCGAUUGGUUGUUUCACGGGAUUGCCUGUUAGCGGGGUGAUAUUGAAUGGAGGAUGGGGUGGAGAUGGGUAUUUAAGACCACAGAUUUUUAGUGCGGUGGCUAUGACGGGUGGGGGUGUGGUGAUUGGGGUAGCGACGAUGGGAAUGGCGGAAUGGGAAUUGGGGAAAAGGGUUUGGAGUCUGCGUUAUUUCUAG